AAAAUAAGGGAUAAGCCUGUAGUUGGUGUAUGCAAAAAAACCAAAAUAAUAAUAAUAAUAAGAUUUUGUAUAAACUUAAUUUUCCUCCGUAGUGUAUCUCCUGGUUCUCCUGUUUUCUGUGGAGUAGUUUCCGACUAGAUUGAGGCAAUGUAAAAAGCUAGCUCCAAGUUGCAUAUAUAUAUAUAUAUAUAUAGACAGAGAGAGAUAGAAAUACACACACACACAUACAAGCACUGAGAAGGUCAUUGAAUUUGCUGUAGAUCGAUAUAUGGAGGAAAAGCUUAUGCGUGCGGUUCAGUACAGUCGUUAUGGAGGAGGACCUUCUGGCUUAGAGCAUGUUGAAGUUCCAAUUCCAACUCCAAACAAAGAUGAAAUAUUGGUGAAAGUGGAAGCAGCUAGUCUAAACCCAUUUGAUUGGAAAGUUCAGAAAGGCAUAUUAUGGCCUCUAUUUCCUAGCAAAUUCCCACAAAUACCAGGUAAUGAUGUGGCAGGAGAGGUUAUAAAAGUUGGACCUGGCGUGAAAAAAUUCAAAGCCGGCGACAAAGUCGUAGCUAUGAUUACCCCUGGUAUUGGAGGUGGACUAGCUGAAUAUGCAGUGUCCAAGGAGAGCUUGACUGUUGCAAGACCACCUGAGGUUUCAGCAGCUCAUGGUGCACCGUUACCUGUAGCUGGUCUAACUGCUCACCAAGCAGUCACCGAGUCUGCAGGGGUCAAUCUUGACGGAAGCGGAAAGCAUAAAAACAUUCUGAUAAUCGCUGCCUCUGGCGGUGUGGGACAUUAUGCAGUUCAAUUGGCAAAGCUCGGAAACACGCAUGUCACAGCCACUUGCGGGGCUCGAAACAUGGAGAUCGUAAAGAGUUUAGGUGCUGAUGAGGUGCUUGACUACAAGACCCCAGAUGGGGCAGCUUUGAGGAGCCCUUCCGGUAGGAAAUAUGAUGUGGUAAUUUACUGUGCAGCAGGCAUUCCUUGGUCCACUUUUGAGCCUAAUUUGAGUGAGAAUGGGAAGGUGAUAGAUAUAACCCCUGUACCAACUGCUCUGUUCGGUUAUGCUUUGAGAAUGCUUUCUAAGAAGAAACUAGUGCCAAUGCUACUAAAACCAAAGGGUGAGAACCUGGAUUUUCUUGUUAAUUUAGUGAGGGAAGGAAAGCUUAAGACAAUUAUUGACUCGAAGUAUCCUCUGAGCAAGGCAGAAGAUGCAUGGACUAAGAGCAUUGAAGGUCAUGCUACAGGGAAGAUUAUUGUGGAGCCCUAGUACGUAAUACAUUUGUGGUUUUAGGGCUCUGGUAGUUUUUUUAUUUUUUAUUUUUGGUGAAAUUUUAAUAGGCUAUGAUGUUUAAACAUUGUCAUUAUUAUUAUUUGGUGAGUAAGUUAAACAUUGUCAAUGGCUUGCUGAAUAAGCACAUUCAGCUGUAAUACCAUUAUUAUUGUUGUUGUUGUUGCUGUUGUUAAACUACGAUUUUUUUUA